UUCAUUCUCCUCCUGAUCAAAGAUGGAUCUGCAAAUCUCAGUUUUUCUUCUAUUCAUUCUUUUCACUGCAGGACACUCUUUCACCUGUUAUGAGUGUAUGAGUCUGACGGGUUCUUGUGCAGAUCAGAAGUUAAAAACAUGUCCCAUUGGAUCUUCUCAUUGUGUGACUUCAACAGGUGUGACACAAGUUGGUGACACUAAAACUAAAGUGGAGAUUAAAGAUUGUGCUCCUGCCUGUCAAAGUGUGUCCAUGAAUACCGGCAUUACAGAGGUGACUACUUCCUGCUGUAACACAGACCAGUGUAACACCCAAGAUGCUCCAGAGCCUGUCCCAAAUGGAAAGAAAUGUUUCUCUUGUGAUGGGAAGAGCUGCUCAAACAUUUUGAGCUGUUCAGGGAUUGAAGACCACUGUGUUAAAGCAACAGUGGCUUAUGGAGGACAGUCAGUUUCUGUAAAAGGCUGUGCAUCUAAAUCCUAUUGUGAUGCCACAGCAUCAGUUCAUAAUGUUCAUAAUGUUGAAAGCGUCUCAUGUUGUGAGGGGAACCUGUGUAACGGUGCUCAGAGUGUCUCCCAGAGCUUCCUGUUCCUCUGCUGUUCUCUGCUCUCCUACUUCCUGCUGCACUGAAUCCAGCAGCUCUUCACAUCCUACACUCAGACACACUGUACUGAAUAUAGAGCUUGUGUUUUCUCUGUACUGUAUUUUUGGUGUUCUGAUGUGAUUUUUUUCCCUGUAAACUUCUGAUGUAGCAUUUUAUGAAAUAAAAUACUACAUCACCUUG